AUGGAUAAACAUCGUUUGACAGCUGCAAAUAAUAAUAAUAAUAUUAAUAUGACAAAUAAAAACAUUUUUCAUACAUCAUUACCAACAGUUAUUAAUAUUUCAAUUGAUGAUUCACAUACAGAUGAAACUGAUCGUUUUCUGAAUGAACAUAGUUUAUCAAAUAUUUUAUCCAAUUUACCAGAUUCAUGUAAUCUUGAAGAAAGAGAUGAAAAUAAAUUACCAUUUCCAGGUUUUGCUGAAAAAGCUUUUUAUUAUCUUCGGCAAACAACACCGCCACGUUAUCAAUGUUUAAAAUUUAUAACAUGGCCAUGGUUUGAACGCAUAAGCAUGCUUGUUAUUUUGCUUAAUUGUAUUACACUUGGUAUGUAUCAACCAUGUGCACAUCAUACUGGUAUAGAGUCAUCGAAAAAAUGCGAUACAGCACUUUGUAUUUGGCUACAAGCAACAGAUUACUUUGUUUUUGCGUUUUUUACAAUUGAAAUGUGUAUAAAAAUGGCAGCGAUGGGAAUAUUUGGUAAAGGAGCUUAUCUUGCUGAUUCAUGGAAUCGGCUUGAUUGUUUUAUUGUUCUUACUGGAUUAGUGGAAUUGUUGAUACCAGGUGAUCUUGUAAGUCUAUCAGCUAUUCGUACUGUUCGAGUACUUCGUCCAUUACGUGUCAUUAAUCGUGUACCAUCGAUGCGUAUCCUUGUUAUGCUUCUACUCGAUACAUUACCUAUGCUUGGAAAUUUACUUCUUCUGUGUUUUUUUAUCUUCUUUAUUUUUGGUGUUAUUGGUGUACAAUUAUGGAAAGGAUUAUUACGUAAUCGUUGUUUUUUACAACUGAAUACCACAGCUAUAGAUAAUUAUCCAUUAUUCGAUGAUUUUCCUUUCCAACCCUUUUAUACUCCUCCUGAUCAAGAUUCAUUUAUUUGCUCUGAUCCAUCAUCAAGUGGAAUGACAAAAUGUUCAGAAAUUCCACGAUUUCGUCAAGAUAAUAUGACAUGUGAACUUGAUUUUCGUUCAUUGAGUUCAUCAUUAACAAAAAAAGCAAUAAAUGGAUGUAUUAAUUGGAAUCAAUAUUAUAAAUUAUGCGCUAUUUCUGAUGAAAAUCCAUUUUCUGGAUCAAUUAGUUUCGAUAAUAUUGUUUUCGCAUGGCUUGCUAUCUUUCAAAUAACUACUCUUGAAAGUUGGGCUAGUAUAAUGUAUUAUAUACAAGAUGCACAUUCAUUUUGGGAUUGGAUUUAUUUUGUAUGUCUUAUCCUUAUUGGUUCGUUCGUUAUGAUGAAUCUUUGUCUUGUUGUUAUUUCUGCACAAUUUGGCAUAACAAAAAAACGUGAAACAGAACGAAUGUUAGCUGAACAAAAACGUUUUUCCCCCUCAUCAACUACAGUAACCAACGAUCAACAAGGUUCUUGUUGGGAAGAAAUAAUUAAAUAUUUUCAACGAUUAUUGAAACGUGCAUGUAAACGUUUUAGAAUAUGCUGGAAAAACUAUCAACAAAAACGUGAUAAAGUUAAUCAACGACACCAUCGAAAAGUAACAACAACAAAAAAGAUAUUAACACAAAAUGCAUUACCUUCAUCUAAUGUUAAUAUAGUUUCGUCAAUUCCACUAAUUAAUCAAAAACAUCGACCAAAUUGUCGACAUCAUCAGCCUGAAUCAUUAUUAGUACCAACACCAUUAUCAGAAUCGAAUGAUCGUGGCACUGCUACUUGUAACAUUGGUCCAGACGUAAUUGCUCCAACGUCAGCAAGUAAUAGUUCACUGAUUGAAAAGAAUCGACGGAAAAAUGAAAAUUUUGAAUUUGAACGACAACAACAAAAAGAAAUAAAUGAUAUAUGCAAUUGUUAUUGUCAAGAUGAAACUAUUAAUACAUCUGACAAUAAUCAAGAAGAAGAAGAAAGAGUAAAAUUCCGUCAAAAAUUUGAAAUUUGUUGUUAUUGCUGUUCACGUCUUACAAUAAUACAAAAAUUAAUUUCACGUUGUGUUGCUAGUAAACAUUUUGAUGAUAUUAUUCUCUCAGUUAUUAUUAUAAAUACACUUUCAAUGGCUAUUGAACAUCAUGGACAACCACAAUCAUUAACAAAUAUAUUAGAAUAUAGCAAUUAUGUUUUUAUAAUACUUUUUACAAUUGAGAUGUUAUUUAAAAUAAUUGCUGAAGGUUGUUUAGAAUAUAUUAAAAAUCCAUUUAACAUAUUUGAUGGUGGAAUUGUUGUUAUUAGUCUUAUUGAAUUGUGUGGAGCAAAAAAUAGUGGAUUAUCUGUUUUACGUACAUUUAGAUUAUUACGUGUACUUAAACUUGUCCAAUUUAUGCCAACAUUAAGACGACAACUGGUUAUCAUGCUUAAAACACUAGACAGUGUUGCAGCAUUUUUAUUAUUAUUAACUCUCUUCGUAUUCAUUUUCAGUGUUCUUGGUAUGCAUUUAUUUGGUGGUGAAUUUUGCACGCUUGAAGCAUUCAAUAUAACAUCACAUCAACAAAUUGAUAUAAAAUGUCGCUGUUGUGCCUGUGUCGAAUGGAGUUCAUUAAAAAAUUCUACUGAUCUCAAAGAUUUAAAAUGUAUACAAGAGAGAACAAACUUCGAUUCACUUCGUUUUGCAUUAUUAACCGUAUUUCAGAUAUUAACACAAGAAGAUUGGAAUGAAGUACUUUAUAAUGGUAUGAAAAACACAAGUCCAUGGUCAGCACUAUAUUUUAUUGCACUUAUGAUAUUUGGCAAUUAUAUAUUACUCAAUUUACUUGUUGCCAUUCUUGUUGAAAGUUUUCAAAAUGAAGAAGAGAAUGGUACAACAAAUAGUAAUAAUAGUACGGAUAGAUUAGACAAAGCAGAUCCAUUUAAAACACAAGCCAUUAUCACAGGUAAUAUGCAAGUAUCUGAGAAUCUCGAUGAAUGGAAAAGUCUUGAACUCAGUAAUGAUGAUAAGAAAAAUGAUCGACGACAAAAUACAUUAGCUGAUACCAUACGUCGUACAAAUUCUGAUCGAUCAUUCCCAUUAUCAUCAACACGAUAUUUGAUUGCUCAUGAAGAGAAACUAAUUGAACAAGAAUUGAAUAAUAUACCAAAUACAUGUUUAAAUUCAAAUAUUAAACGUCGAUCAACAAUCGAUAAUUCAUCAUAUUCAUUUAAUCAAAAUGUAUCGACAAGUAUUUGUCAAACACCAAGAAGACAAGAAAAAAGUGAUAGACAUACAGAGCCUAAUACUAAUAGUCCUAUACAACUUGCUGCUGAUACUCAAUUACCGGUAAACGAUCAAAAUGAUAUACAAUUAGAUGUGUCAACUGGGGAUGAUACACAACUGGAAUUAACAACUCAGAAAUCAGGAGUCAUUCGGUCAUGUUUAGGUCGACUUUGUGGACAACGAAUAUUUGAAUGUUUAAAGAAGCGAGAAAACUAUUCACUUUAUCUUUUUUCACCUUCGAAUAGACUACGCAAAGUAUUUCAACGAUUAAUUUUACAAAAAUCAUUUGAUUAUUUUAUUCUUUUCUUUAUUGCUCUCAAUUGUAUUACAUUCGCUAUGGAACGUCCAUCGAUUUCUCCUAUAAGUUUUGAACGGCAAUUUUUGAACUACACUAAUUAUAUAUUUACAGCUAUUUUUACUAUUGAAAUGAUGAUCAAAAUAAUUGCAAAUGGAUUUAUUUUUGGACCGAAUACAUAUUUACAUACCGGCUGGAAUAUUAUGGAUGGAUUUCUUGUAUUUGUUUCAAUUGUCGAUCUUUGUACAAUGAAUCGAAGUCGUAUUACAUUACCCACAGAAUCGGAUACAACAUCACAUAUUCUGGGCAUGUUAAGAGUCUUUCGUUUAUUACGAACAUUACGAGCAAUCACAAUUAUCAAUCGAGCACCCGGCCUUAAACUUGUCGUUCAAACUUUACUUUCAUCAUUAAGACCAAUCGGUAAUAUUGUUAUCAUUUGUUGCAUAUUCUUUAUCAUCUUUGGCAUUCUUGGUGUUCAGCUCUUCAAAGGUAAAUUGUACUAUUGCGAAGGUCCUCUCGCUGAUAAUGUAAAAACAAGACAACAAUGUGAAGCUAUGCCCGAUCAUCAAUGGCAAAAUCAACAAUACAAUUUUGAUCAUCUGGGCCACGCUCUACUGACAUUAUUUGUUCUUUCAUCAAAAGAUGGUUGGGUGCAAAUAAUGCAUAAUGGUAUUGAUGCAGUUGACGUUGAAAUGCAACCAAGAAGGAAUUAUAGUGAAUCAAAAUUUAUUUAUUUUAUAUCAUUUAUUUUAAUUGUCAGCUUUUUCGUUCUUAAUAUGUUCGUUGGUGUUGUUGUUGAAAAUUUUCAUAGUUGUCGGGCCAAACAAGAACUUGAAGAAGAAGCCCAAAAUAAAGCAAAACAUGCAAAAAAAAUUGAACGUAAACAACGUCUUAUGCGUGAAUUAUCAUAUUAUGCACAUUUUUCACCAUGGCGUAAAUGUUUACAUGAUCUAUGCGUUAGUAAAUAUUUCGAUCUAAUUAUUGCUACAAUUAUUGGUGUUAAUGUUGUUACAAUGUCACUUGAAUUUUAUCUUAUGCCACCUAAAUUGACUAAGUUUCUUGAAUAUUGUAAUUAUGUAUUUACGGUUGUAUUCUUACUUGAAUUUAUAUGGAAAAUUGUUGCACUUGGACCAUCACGUUAUUUUAGAGACAAAUGGAAUCAGUUGGAUUCAUUUAUUGUGCUUCUAUCAAUAGUUAGUAUUGUAAUGGAAACAAUGUUCAGUGGACAUAUUCUUCCAAUGAAUCCAACACUUAUUCGUGUGAUCAGAGUAUUGAGAAUUGCACGAGUACUCAAACUACUGAAAAUGGCCGAAGGUGUUCGAGCUCUAUUAGAUACUGUUAUUCAAGCUCUUCCACAAGUUGGAAAUUUAGGUCUUCUAUUCUUUCUUCUUUUCUUUAUCUUUGGUACACUUGGUGUUGAAUUAUUUGGCAAAUUAGAAUGUAGUGAAGAACAACCAUGUAGUGGCCUCGAUAAACAUGCACAUUUUAAAAAUUUUGGCAUAGCUCUUCUUACAUUAUUUCGUGUUGCAACAGGUGAUAAUUGGAAUGGUAUUAUGAAAGAUACUUUACGUCAAGAUGAUUCACCUCAUACUGGCAAAAAUCACUUUAUGACAAUAAUUUCGCCUAUUUAUUUUGUUAUUUUCGUGCUAAUGACUCAAUUUGUACUUAUCAAUAUUGUUAUCGCUGUACUCAUGAAAAAACUUGAAGAUUCAAAUAAGAUGACAGAUGAUGAUGCUGAAAUGGAUGAAGAAAUUGAACGACAACUUGAACUUAACACACUGGAUGGAAAUAAUAUUGAACGAUCACUACUCUAG